UGGGUAUGCACAUUGUUUUAUAUUCACAGUAUUCUAUUUCCGCUCUAUUUAUAUUUUUAUUAUUUCUCAAAUUUUCUUAAUUUAGUUCUUUACAGUAAGCUUGUAAAGUUUAUUUUCAUAAAAAUUUUAGAAACCACAUGGGUUUGGUUCUAAUACUGUAAACAUUUUAAUUAAUUACUCUAAUCUCAAUUACAUACCAUUUAAUUUACCCAGUUUAAGCCAAUUUAAAGAUGCUUACAUAUUCUGGCAUCACCAGGAGAUUAUUUCAAUCGUCACUUUUAAAAAACACAAAAUUCCAAACACCACAAUCACACUUUGGAAUUCUAUAUCCAAACCAUGAAAUUUCUCAAAGACACAUUUUCACCUCACGUUUACUGCUGUUUACAACAAAGAAAGAGCCUGAGGCCAACAAUUCUACUUCGGACGAGUCAAGUUCAGUUAAUAUGAAGAAUCAGAAACAGUUUACACAUGUUAGUGAAACUUUUGGCCCUGGCAAAUACAGAGGAACAGGACUUCCCAAGCCUGUAGGGCAACCUGAAGAUUUACCAUCUAUUGAAUUUGGGAAACCUACAGGAAUGUACAACUUUGUAAGACAUCAGCACGGGGACCCGAGAGAUCACCUGAGAGAGGACGGGAGGUUUAAGGAGAAAUAUGCAACAGAUGGCUUUCACUGGUACGACGCAUACACAGACGUGCCUAAGCAAAGAAGGACUAUUGUAAACGGAGAAGCAAUGGUGCUUGGGGUUGAGACUAGGCCCAUGGAAGAGCUUUUUGGAGUUGAGCAGACCAACGUCCCCUUCUAUCACAGAAGAAGGUUGAACCUCUGGGGUGAUCACAAGAACGCUCUAAGAGCAGAAUUUUGCUUCUUCUGGAUACCAACCUUUAUCAUCUUCUCUCUAGCAAUACCCUGCUACACUAUGCUAUACAUGUUGGACGAAUCAGUCUACACCACCAUGACAGUGAAGGUAAUUGGACACCAAUGGUACUGGGUCUACGAAGUUGAAUCCCCUCCUGUUUAAUUUUUUACAACACAUUAACGAUAUUAUGCUUCAUAUUAAGGUUAUUUUUAAAAAUUUUAAUUUAUUUCUCAAUUUAUAA